ACCUGGUGUCGACUAUUACGACUUGGUGCAACUAAAUUUUCAAAUCGUGGAAUUUAUUUACAAGUUAUUUCACAUUGCUGAUAUUCCACCAAACUCCUUCGAGGCUUUGCUGAAAAGAUGAUUUUGUCCCGAGCUAAACCCGCGAGUGGUCCUUCUACCUCUCAAAGUGCCCAAGUUCGCAGGCAACUACCGAACCUGGAAGACUUUUUGAAAAUUCGUGACUAUACAGGAGCACUUUGUCUCUUGGAGUUCAACAAUAGCAGUGGUAAAGGGAGCGUAGAUGUUGAUAUGUGGAUCGGAUUUUGUGCUUUCCAUUUGGGUGACUAUAAAAAGGCCUGUCAAAUGUAUGAAGCUAUCAUGAAGAAACAAACAAAGCCCGCUGAAGCAUCCACCUUUCUCGCGUGUUGCUAUUUUUAUUUGGGAAUGUACCCGGAAUCAGACAAGCUCUUGCAAAAUGCGCCAGAGAGUAGAUUAAAAAAUAGAUUGCUUUUCCAUUUGGCACACAAAUUCGGUGACGAGAAAAAAUUGAUGGAACAGCAUCAACAACUGGAAGAUGUUUUGGAAGACCAACUUUCCCUUGCUGCUAUACACUAUUUGAGAUCCCAUUAUCAGGAAGCCAUUGACGUCUAUAAGAAAAUCCUGCUAGACAACAGAGAUUAUUUAGCACUGAACGUUUAUGUCGCCCUUUGCUACUACAAACUGGAUUACUACGACGUAUCUCAAGAAGUGCUCGCUGUUUACUUGCAGCAAUAUCCAGACUCCGCCAUUGCACUUAAUUUAAAGGCUUGCAACCAUUUUAGAUUGUAUAAUGGAAGAGCUGCGGAGAACGAACUUAAACCUCUUUUGGAGCAAUCAGGGAACAGUUUCGGGCAUGAUUUGAUAAAGCACAAUUUAGUUGUGUUCAGGGGUGGGGAAGGUGCUCUUCAAGUUUUGCCACCUUUGGUGGAUGUCAUACCUGAGGCAAGGCUAAAUUUGGUAAUUUACUAUUUACGGCAGGAAGAAGUUCAAGAGGCUUACGCCCUGAUUAAAGACUUGGAACCUGCGGUGCCACAAGAGUACAUUUUGAAGGGGGUAGUGAACGCCGCCCUAGGCCAAGAGCUGGGAUCUAGAGAACACCUUAAAGUUGCGCAGCAAUUUUUCCAGUUGGUCGGGGGGAGCGCGAGCGAAUGCGACACGAUUCCUGGAAGACAGUGUAUGGCUUCUUGUUUCUUUUUGCUGAAACAAUUCGACGACGUGCUCUUGUACCUGAGUUCGAUCAAAAGUUAUUUUUACAAUGAUGAUAACUUCAGCUUCAACUACGCCCAGGCAAAGGCAGCUGUUGGAAGUUACAAAGAGGCCGAGGAAGUAUUUUUAACGAUUCAAAAUGAGAAAAUUCGACAGGAUCCAGUAUUUGUGUCAAUGCUUUGCAGAUGUUAUAUCAUGAACAGAAAGUCAAGCAGUGCCUGGGAGGUUUAUCUGAGGAUGGAUACUUCUGCUGAAUCGUUUUCAUUGCUUCAAUUAAUUGCAAAUGACUGCUACAGAACAGGACAGUUUUACGUAGCAGCAAAAGCAUUUGAUGUACUUGAAAGGCUGGAUCCAAACCCUGAAUAUUGGGAAGGCAAAAGAGGAGCAUGCAUCGGAAUAUUCCAACUGGUUGUAGCUGGAAUUGAACCAAAGGAGGCUCUGUUGGAAGCCAUGCAAAUUUUACGAACCUCGUCACGACCCCAAGUGGAACAAAUUGUGCGUGUAAUGAAAAAGUGGGCUAAAGAAAAUCGCAUUCCGUUGACCUAAUUUGUUCGCAUAUUGAUAACACCAUAUGA